AUGGGCUACAUGUCCUUGUUCCGCGCCGUCGCCGUCCGCCUUCUCUUCACGCUGCACGGCGUCAUCUCAAUAUGGCGACUCACCAUAGCAACCAGAGAGUCGCGUUACUGGUAUCUAGGGCUGGUCCUUUGUUUACUGCUGGUGGAGAUGACCGUCACCUUGGGCAAGAAGUCUGGCAAGGAAUGGAAGUGGUUUUGCCCAAGUGUUUUCAUCUAUCUGAUGUGUGUAGUGCCCACUAUUUGGUUUCUGGAGCUCAGCCAGUUGGAGAAGCGACUCAACGACUCAGUCAACGGUUCUCUUAUCUUGGAGAAUGAGACAGAAGGUCUCACUGCGUCUUUCGACAUUGUAACGUUUGAAAUUCGAAUCCCCAUCCUGCUGACCUCGGACAAGUGGAUACGAACCCUGGAACAGUUGCUGCUGCUAAUUCUCAUCUUGGGUAGGUGGUUCCUACCCAAAGGCAAGCUAACACACGACCAGCUGUCACAACUGCUGCUGGUGUAUAUCGGCACGGCUGCGGAUAUCGUAGAGUUCUUUGAGGCUUUCACCGAGGAGAAGGUUAGAAACAGUCGUCUCCUCUGCAUCGUCAUUCUGGGGAUCUGGACGCUUAGCCUGCUCCAGUUCUCGCUGGUUCUAACCGCUACCAGGGUCAGGCGAGACAGGAGCGGUCUGAUUCGUUCCGGCUUAAUGUCUGCUUACGACAAGUGCUGCAGUCCGGAUGACUUGCCUUUUCUGGUGCUAAGGAUGCUUUUGAUUUUCAAAUAUUAUGUUCUCAGCUACACAAACAUGUUUUUCACCUGCAAAAAUACUAUAGUCAUCGUCUUACUCAUCUACCGCCUGGUUGUGGUUCAACUGGAAAGAAAACCGCCGCCAGAAUUGGAUGACAUCACAGUGAACAUGUUGCCCAGGUUUGCUUCAUCUCCCGCCAUAUUUGACCAUCACGUCAGGCGCUCUAAAGGACGAAUUAUAGAUUCAAUGUCGCUUAGCAACAGUAAUACGCUAAGUACUUGCAGUACAAGGUACAGUAAUAAGUCGUCUAGAUAUACAAAACCUUACAGUUCUUGUGGAAACAUCUACGAGGUGAAAGUUACUGCCGCAAAUCGACACAGCAACACUUACAGUCCUAUAGCCGUGAUGGAAGAUUUCCAUUCGCCCGUAUAA